AUAAUUGUUAUUGAUAUGACUGCGUCAAGAACUGGAUCAUCAACCUCCCUGAGAAGCCCAGGCUCCGACGAGGAUUUUCAGCAGAUUUUAAACGAAAGGAAGCGCAAAAGAAUGGUGCCCAACAGGGAAGCCGCUCACCCGUCUCGGAUGCGUAAACAAAAGCACCUAGAUGAUCUGAUGGGCCAAGUUUCUCAGCUCACAACUGAAAACCACCAGAUCCUUACGAGCAUCAACAUAGCCGGUGAACUUUACUUGAACAUCGAGGCUGAGAACUCUGUUCUUAGAGCUCAAAUGGCUGAGCUCAGUGGUAGGCUUCAAUCUCUCAAUGAAAUCGUCGGUUUCAUAAACUCAGGCGACGGGGUUUUCGGAUAUGAUCACCAUCAUCAUCAGGUUGAUGAUGACACCUUCAUGAAUGUUAAUCAAUGGAAUUGUUUCUCUGUCAAUCAUCAGCCCAUUAUUGCAGCUGCUGAUAUGAUCAUGUACUGAUUUAAUUCUGUGUUGUUAGUCCUUGUUUUA